AUUCUUUAAGAGGUGGUGGGGAGGGGACGCACGGCCUUAUAGAGCAGUUAGUCGCCGGCUAGCGAGCCUAGCUAGCAUACCAGCACCCCCGACGUCUCCUCGGGUGUGUGGCCGUGGCAGGAGCGGCGUUGUCGGGCGAGUUCUGUGUUUACAACCGGUCGAGGCAAGCGUCGCACGUCGGUGUUCAGCCGGAGACACGGGGAACAGGAUCGGGAAGCAGGGGGGAGCGGCCACCGCGGAGCCCGUCGAGAAGAUGGCAAGCAGCCCGGAGAAGAGCUCUUCGGCACAGGAGCUCAAGGAACAGGGCAACCGCUUGUUCCUCUGCCGCAAGUACCAGGAGGCCGCUACCUGCUACAGUAAAGCUAUCAACCGGAACCCCUCAGUAGCAGUCUACUACACAAAUCGGGCGUUGUGCUAUGUGAAGCUUCAGCAGUACGACAAGGCACUAGCUGACUGCAAACAUGCCCUCGAGCUCGACAGCCAGUCAGUAAAGGCGCAUUUCUUCCUGGGACAGUGUCACCUGGAACUGGAGAACUUCGAAGAGGCCAUUGGCAAUCUGCAAAGAGCAUAUAACCUGGCAAAAGAACAACGUCUGAAUUUUGGUGAUGACAUCCCGAGUGCUUUACGCAUUGCUAAGAAAAAGCGCUGGAACAGCAUGGAGGAUAAACGCAUUAGCCAGGAGAAUGAGCUGCAUGCUUAUCUCACCAAACUCAUCCUGGCCGAGAGAGAAAGGGAAAUGGAGGAAUAUCGAGACAAACAGGGCGAAGACAAUCAAAGCGACAAUGAAAUCAGCAAGAUUAAAUCUAAACAUGAUAAAUAUCUCAUGGACAUGGAUGAACUCUUUUCUCAAGUGGAUGAGAAAAGGAAGAAGCGAGAGAUUCCAGACUAUCUGUGUGGGAAGAUCAGUUUUGAACUGAUGAGGGAACCAUGCAUUACACCCAGUGGCAUCACCUAUGACCGUAAAGACAUUGAGGAACACCUACAGCGUGUGGGCCAUUUUGACCCUGUAACUCGUAGUCCCCUUACGCAGGAUCAGCUGAUUCCUAAUUUGGCUAUGAAGGAGGUGAUCGAUGCCUUCAUCCAGGAGAACGGAUGGGUGGAGGAUUACUGAACGAACACACACACACACA